CUUUUUAGAGAAAAUAAAUGUUUGUUUAGUCUAUGGCGUUCGGUGUUUAUAAUUGCCCAACUGAAAAAUUUGUUAAGAGAAUAAAUAAUGGCAGCUGUGUGGGCAAACAUGAGAAAUGUUAACUAUAAGUGCCAAUUCAGUUCAUUAACUCGUUUGCUCUCUACAUCUUCUCCUGCUAAAGAUAGCAAUGAAAGUUGGCUAAGUAAGUUGCUAGUGCGCCGCAUCGAGCCUACUAAAGAAUCACAUUCCAGAUUACUAUCGGACAAAGAAAUUAUUUACGAACUUCAGACCCACAAUGUGAGACCGGACUGUUUGAAAGAAUAUAUUAAGAAUUGUUCUCAGUCUUCUCAACUUAUCCACUCACUAGACCUUAAUGUGGAAUUAGUAGGGAGUUGGUCAGUGCAGGUGGGAGACUUGGACCAAGCACUUCACCUGUGGAGAUACAGAGGUGGUUAUGGCAGCAUUGAUAAAGCGAAAAAACAACUUAGUCAGAAUGAGGAUUUUAUCAGUUUACAAUUGGAACGAGGCAAGCUGCUCCGAUCCCGGCAUCUACAAUUUUUGCUGGCAUUUAGUUACUGGCCCUCUAUAGUUUCAAGACCAGGAAACAAUAUUUAUGAAAUUCGGAGUUAUAGUUUGAAACCAGGGACUAUGAUUGAAUGGGGAAACAACUGGGCACGUGCAAUAAACUAUCGUCGCAACAAUGAUGAACCAUUUGCAGGUCUCUUUUCACAAAUUGGAAGACUGUACAAUGUACAUCAUAUUUGGUGUUACAAGGACUUGCAUUCUCGUAAGGAAACCCGAGAAUCAGCUUGGCGUUCUCCUGGUUGGGACGAGUGUGUUGCAUACACUGUUCCUCUUAUCAGAGAAAUGCACUCGCGCAUUUUAGAACCAACUACAUUUUCACCAACUCAGUAAAAUAAUAUUUAUGAGUUAUAUUGUGAUGUAAGGAUCUUUAGGAAAUAUGUCAUUGGCUGGUAUAUUAUAUAUUUGUUGAUUUCUGAACUGUUAAUCAAAUUAUUUGUGUGUCUUCUUUUGUUGUGUAGAUUUAUUUGUGAUACAGACUUUAACACUUAAUAUCAACUUGGACCAUAAAAGAUGAGCUCUGUUUUUGGUCUCUGUCAAGGUUAUCAAGAUCUAAGUGGUUUGACUGACAGUCAAUAAAAGAUCUUGAUUUUUAUAACUCCAAAAGUGUUCAAUUAGUUGUAUGUGCCAUGUUGGUCACCUUAGCUGAGUUGUUUGUAAUUUAUAAAAUAAAUUUUAUGUUUUUUUUAUGUUA